AUGGCUGAAGCGGCGCCAGUCCGGGCCGAGUCCGCUGCUUGCUGCCGAGUACGGGCGGCGCGCACGGUGCUCAACCAGCUGGUGCUGCCGGGAGAGGAGCUGCUGCUGCCGGAGCACGAGGACGCGGGCGGCGCGCAGGGGGCCGGGGAGCGGCCGCUGCGCCUGGACGCCGGCGUGAGCGCGCGCGAGCGUGUGGUGUGCGGCCCGGGGCUGCGGCGCUCCGGGGACCGCCUGCUGGUCACCAAGUGCGGCCGCCUCCGCCACAAGGAGCCCGGCGGCGGCGGCGGGGGCGCCUACUGGGUGGACUCGCAACAGAAGCGGUAUGUUCCAGUGAAAGGAGACCGUGUGAUCGGCAUCGUGAUCGCUAAAUCUGGAGAUAUAUUCAAAGUGGACGUGGGAGGGAGUGAGCCGGCUUCCUUGUCUUACCUGGCGUUUGAAGGUGCCACCAAGAGAAACAGGCCCAAUGUGCAGGUUGGAGAUCUCAUCUAUGGCCAGUUUGUGGUUGCUAACAAAGAUAUGGAACCAGAGAUGGUCUGCAUUGACAGCUGUGGACGAGCCAACGGAAUGGGUGUGAUUGGACAAGAUGGCUUGCUUUUUAAAGUGACUUUGGGCUUAAUUAGGAAACUAUUAGCUCCAGGCUCCGAGAUCAUACAGGAGGUGGGAAAACUCUAUCCACUGGAGAUUGUAUUUGGAAUGAACGGUAGAAUAUGGGUGAAGGCAAAGACCAUUCAGCAGACAUUAAUUUUAGCAAACAUUUUAGAAGCUUGUGAACAUAUGACAACAAGUCAAAGAAAACAGAUCUUCUCUAGACUGGCAGAAAGUUGACCGGUGUGGACUCUUUUAAAUGGGUCAGUUGAGCCAAGAGACUGGAUUUCCUGGGAGAAACUUUUUUCAGGUAAACAUCUCCCUCUUAAAUCUUCAGAAGACAAGAUGUAAAUAUAUACUAUCUUCGUAAAGUCCUAAAUAUUUUUGUAAGAAAGAUACUGGUUUUCUCCCAUUAUCUGUGACAAAAUAACUGUAAAUUAUAACUUUUUUUGUUCUGUACAAUCAAGUUUAUUAAAAAGUUAUUACAGUUUAUUAUAGUUAAUUCCUUUAGUUUUGCUAGACUGCAGCUUCAGUGGGGAGUUUGAACUUGGCAUAAAAAUGGUCACUUUCUGAUGCUAGUAAUAAAGCAUGUGAGACAAAAGAAGCCGGUGAAGCCACACUGAGCUCCAGCAUUCAGUACGACCCAGCAAGUCUUAUGUGUCGGCCAGUCGUUUCUGCAUGGACUAACUCCUUCAUCCCUCACAGUUGAAGGAACUGAGACACAAGGUUUAAACUGGCUUACAUUCCCAACUACUAUGUGUUCUUCAAACUGACAUUACAGGAUAUUUAUAUUCUAUUUUGUAAUAUACUUUGUCAGGUUCAGAUAACAAAUUUAUCACAACUGCUAAUAAAAUGUCUCUAGUUGUAUUUCA